AUGGGCAAGGGAACCGGAAGCUUUGGUAAGAGGAGGAACAAGACACGCACUCUCUGUGUGAGGUGUGUCGCCGCAGCUUCCACCUCCAGAAGAGCCGCUGCUCAGCCUGUGCUUACCCGACCGCUCGCAAGUGGACUUACAAUUGGAGUGCCAUCCGCAGAAAGACCACUGGAACUGGACGCGGUAUGUACCUCCGCCACGUUCCUCGCAGAUUCAAGACCAACUUCAGAGAAGGUACUCAAGCUGCACGAAGGAAGAUAUCGGCUGCUCCUCUUUCUGGGGCAACCAAUGGAUUCACGAGUGUUGACGUCGGAAGAACUUGAGAAGAAGAAGAAGAAGAAAAGUUUUGUUGAGUUGUCGCUGGCUAGAGAAAAUGAAUUGAAAAGGCUUAAGGCGGCACAAAAACAGCAAUUGCGAAAAUCCAGGGACUUAAACAAGGGAAGUUGCAUUAUCUCAUUCAUGUUAACAAUGCUUUGCUCAUCAAAAUUACUGGAAAUUCAAAGUCAGAGAAUGCGAGGAGAGAAAUCGAGGAGAAUAACUUGCAGGGUUAUGUUGAUCGUAAAACACCUAUGGGUGAGAAGAAAAAACUCUGCCUCCUCGAUGGCAAUGUCGGCGUGCCCAUUUGGGACGAAGAAAAUAUCCCGAUCCUCUCCAGAAGGAAGAAAAAAAUAUAAGCUUCGUUCAUCCCAUCCAUCAUCUUCUAAUUUGUUUUUUGGGGUGAAAGUAAAAAUUACUCUGAGUACCGAAAAAGAAAAAGAAAAAGAAAGUCAACAUAUUUCAAAGUUAAAAGUGAGGGUGGAUGCUGUAAAGGGUCAGAAGCAUGAAACUGAAGAAGUUUUUGAACGUUGAUGAUGAUAGUGUCGAGGAUCACAAUAACAACAAUAUGAAGAUUCAUAGGCAGAGCUAGACGUGGCCAGGUGCCGGGUCCGGGCCCGGCCCGGCCCGGCCCGCCGGGUCCACGGUCCACAUGGACGAGGCCCGGACCCGGACCGAAAUAAGUGACGGUCCGGGACCGGUUCGGGCCCGGACCCGCCGGUUCGUCGACCCGCAGGUUCGUGAUUGAUCGGCGGUUCCGCCGGUAUAGUGUUAUUUCGU